UAGUAGAAGAUAAUCACACAAACUUAAUCAUUAAUUUUAAUUUCAAUAUAAAUAUACGUGUCCAUACACAAAGCGUGUGUAUUCCAGAAACAAAAGAAUCUCAAUAUUAAUACCCGUCCACAUACAUAAUUCCUAAUCAUCAUCUGUUGUCUUUGAUUAAACACUUAAUAACUCUGUGUGAUCAAUCAAUUCCUUUCAUAAUUAGUAUAAUAAUAAUAAUUGUUGAUUAACAAUAUUAUCAGAGUGAAUCAAUCAAUUGAUAAUUAUGGAGGUUGGAGUGGAAAAUUCACCGGAAAGUAUCGGAGUUGCGAUGGAAUUUCCGGCGGUGGACGGUGUUGAGUUAUCAUCGCCGCCUUCUCUGCCGCCUAGACUUCGCCGGAGACUCACUGAAACUAAAUCAUCUCCUUCUAGUGCUCAAGAUAUUGAAGCUAAACUCCGGGAUGCCGAUCUUCGUCGUCAGAAGUUUUAUGAGCAUUUGUCAAGCAAGGCGCGUCCGAAGCCAAGGAGUCCUCCACAAUCUGCGGAUGAGGAAAACCUUGGUCAACGUCUUCAGGCUAAGCUCCUGGCUGCUGAACAGAAAAGGUCGAGCAUUUUGGCAAAAGCUCAGUUGCGUCUAGCUAAGCUGGAUCAGUUGAGGCAAGCAGCUAGAACUGGGGUAGAAGUGCGUGUGAAGAAGGAGUGUGCAGAGCUAGGGUCUAAAGUAGAAUUGCGUGUAAGACAGGCAGAGACAAAUAGAAUGAGAAUUCUGAAAGCCUACAGGCAACGCAGGGCUACAUUAAGAGAGAGAACAACUCAAUCUCUUAUUAGAAGGAUUGCUCGUGAGAGUAAGUAUAAGGAGCGUGUUUGUGCUGCUAUUAGUCAAAAACGGGCAGCAGCUGAGAAGAAAAGAUUGGGAUUACUGGAAGCUGAUGUGGAAAAGGCACAUGCUAGGCUUUUACAAGUAAGAAAGGUAGCCAAAUCUGUCUCUCAGCAGCGAGAGAUUGAAAGGAGGAGACUGAGAGAGAGUUUGGAAGAUAAAUUACAAAGGGCAAAGAGACAGAGAGCAGAAUAUCUAAUGCAGAGAGCAAAGCUCCAUAAUUCUGUAGGUGUUAAUUGGACCAAGAAAAUGCAGAAGCAAGCCGACCAUCUUUCUAGAAAAUUAGCAAGGUGCUGGAGAAACUUUGUUAAGCGGAAAACCACAUUUGAUCUUGCCAAAAACUACGCAGUUCUAAACAUAAAUGAGGAUCAUGUGAAGUCUAUGCCUUUUGAGCAGUUUGCACGUCUGAUUGAAUCAUCUUCUACCCUUCAGACUUCAAAAGCUUUGUUUGAACGCCUUGAAAUCCGUUACAAAGCUUUAGCAAGUACUUCAUCUGGCGCCAAUUUCCAUGGUCAAGAUGACAUCGACCACCUUCUGAAACGAGUUGCUUCACCUAGUAAAAGAACCACACCUAGAAGUGCUCCCCGCAGUAGACAUGUAAAAAAACCAGCAACUGCCAGAUCAGUCUCUAGGUCACCUGUUAAGCUGUCAAGGUACCAAGUGAGAGUAGGGCUAUGCGCCUACAUGAUUCUUGGUCAUCCUGAUGCAGUUUUUAGUGGUCAAGGGGAGCGUGAGUCUGCUUUAGCCAAGUCCGCCAAGAAAUUUGUGCAGGAAUUUGAGCUGUUAAUCAAUGUAAUACUAGAAAAUUCUGGUAAAGAAUCAAACCCUAGACGCACUAUCAGGUCACAGAUGGCAGCUUUUGAUUCCGCAUGGUGUGCCUAUUUGAACAGUUUUGUCGUAUGGAAGGUCAAGGAUGCCGAGUCUUUAGAGGAAGAUCUGGUGAGGGCCGCAUGCCAAAUGGAAAUCUCUAUGAUGCAAAAAUGCAAGCUAACACCUGAAGGAGAUAGUGGCGAUCUUACACAUGAUAUGAAAGCUAUUCAGAAACAGGUUACAGAGGAUCAGCAACUUUUGAGGGAGAGAGUAAUGCACCUUAGUGGAGAUGCAGGAAUAGAGCGCAUGCAGGAUGCUCUUUUUGAUACACGGGCAAAGUACUUCAAAGCAAUGGAGAAUGGUAGCCCAGUUGUGUCACAAGUUGCACAUAUACCACCAUCCUCCUCUUCACUGGUAACCCAGUCUAGUGCUGAUUUAGACAAAGGGAACACAGGUGAAGAGCCUAGCCAUGUGGUUCGUGCCCUAUUCAAAGAUAAUGAUCCCAAGCCAUUGCGAAAAGAUGAUGGCUCAUCUGCUGCUAGCAGUGAAUCUCAAGAAAAUCAGCUAAGCCAUUCUGGUGAGACGGUCAGCAUGGAAAAUGAGUUGAUCGUGAAUGAAUUUGUUCAUGGGCAACAUUAUUCAUCCAACUACAACUCAAAUGUUACCGAUGGAGAUCAAACAGUCGUCAAGGUUCGUCAGACAAUGGAAAAGGCAUUUUGGGAUGGCAUUACCAAGUCUAUACAAGAAGAUGACUAUGACCGUGUUGUUGAACUGAUGAAGGAAGUGAGAGAUGAACUUUGUGAAAUGGCUCCUCAAAGUUGGAAACAAGAUAUUUCUGAAGCUAUUGAUGUGGAAAUUCUUUCUCAGCUAUUAAAUUCUGGCAGUUUAGACAUGGAGUAUCUUGGGAAAAUCAUGGAGUUCGCAUUGGUCAGCUUGCAGAAGCUUUCAGCUCCAGCAAAUGAAAAUGAUCUUAAGGAUGCCCAUCAGAAAGUCUUGAGAGAAUUGGCUGUUAUAUCCCAAGCCGAUAAUUCUAUCCAUUCACAUGCGAUAGCAUUGGUCAAGGGCUUGCGCUUUGUCCUGCAGCAGAUACAGGUGCUCAAGCAAGAAAUUAGCGCUGCUCGCAUUAAGAUUAUGGAACCAUUACUGAAGGGGCCUGCUGGUUUGGACUAUCUUGGAAAAGCAUUUGAAAAGCGCUUUGGUCCACCAUCUGAUGCAUUGUCUCGCCUUCCGUUGACCAUGAGGUGGCUUUCAUCUUUAGGAUCCACCUAUGAUCAGGAUUGGAAUGACCACAAACGCGCUCUUUCAGGCUUACAAGAUGGUUUACCAUCUGAAAAGUUCGUCCUUCCUUCCACUGCUCUAAGAACUGGUGGAAGUUUCUCUGGUGGAUUGCAAACUUCCACCCCUAUCUCUGUAACAGACGCUGCAGAUGAUCAGUGUCCAGAGUGCAAGGGAGAAAAGCUUGAUCUGCUAGUGAGGCUCGGUUUGCUGAAACUGGUGAAUGAUGUUUAUGGUGUAGCACAGGAGGAGUUGCCUGAAACUUUGAAACUCAACUUUCUAAGGCUGAGGGUAGUUCAGGCUCAACUUCAGAAGAUCAUUGUGACUGCUACCAGCAUCCUAGUCCUUCGACAAACUCUUUUAAUGGAACAAAUGAUAUCAAGCCCCGAAGAUAUGGAAACCACAAUUCAAAAAUGCUGCAGUGAGCUUCUGCAGAUCUUGGACACCGUAGAGAGUGCCGGUCUUGAGGAGAUUGUUGAAGUCCUGAGCAAAACCGCAGAGGGUUUUGAUAAAACCAAUGAUCAGACAAAAAUGGAGUCCAGAAGACUUGUCAUGGCGAGAAUGUUGAGGAAAAGUGUACAAGCUGAAGAUGCGGUUUUUGUGAAGGUGUCUAAAGCUGUCUAUCUGGCUACUAGAGGAGUGGUACUUGGUGGCAGUGGGAACCGUGGAAGACAAUUGGCUGAGUUGGCACUCCGCCAAGUGGGAGCGGUUGUUCUGACCGAUAGGGUAGUGGAAGGUGGAAAGGUGUUGGGAGUGAUGGCGAAUGUAACUGAGAAUGUUCAUGGGCCAUGGUACAAGCGAUUAAUGGAGAAUGUGUGAUCAUUUAAUGACUAGUGUGGGGUUUUUUAUUUGUACAUAUAUAACUAUGGUUUGGGGGUAAUUAAAUUAAGUUACAUGAUUUGCUUUAGAGCAGGUAGCAAGUAAAUAGAGUAAUGUGAAGAUGUAUAAAGUUAACCACCAAAUCCAUGUAUUUAAAGUGAAUGAAUAAGAGAUGCUUUCGGAUUGAUGAUAUCAAA